AUGGAGUCAGAAGGACCUGCAGAGUCAGACAGUUCAGAAAAAUUAGUAUUUUCCCCACAGCAAGAAGAAGAAGAAAAUAAUGAAGAAGAAGCUCAAGAAUCGGAGAAAACAGGCACUGUGAACCCCCUUUUACAACCUGCUCUCACAGGGGAUGUAGAAGGUUUGCAGAAGAUUUUUGAGGAUGCUCAGAAUCCUCAUCAUGAACAGGCCGUGCAGUUACUCUUGGAAGAAGACAUUGUUGGGAGAAAUUUGUUGUAUGCAGCUUGCAUGGCCGGGCAAAGUGAUGUGAUUAGAGCUUUGGCAAAAUAUGGUGUGAAUCUGAAUGAAAAGACCACCAGAGGGUACACACUCUUACACUGUGCUGCAGCCUGGGGUCGUUUGGAAACUUUGAAAGCACUAGUGGAACUAGAUGUUGAUACAGAAGCUUUGAAUUUCCGGGAAGAAAGAGCUCGAGAUGUUGCUGUUCGGUAUUCCCAGACUGAGUGUGUUGAAUUCUUGGACUGGGCAGCCAUCUCAGCAGAAGACACAGAAAAGGGACCAGGGAAGCUCCUUAAGGAAGACAAGAACACCAUCCUCAAUGCAUGCCGUGCUAAAAAUGAGUGGUUGGAAACCCAUUCAGAAGCUUCCAUUAAUGAGCUUUUUGAGCAGAGACAACAAUUGGAGGAUAUUGUGACUCCCAUCCUCACAAAGAUGUCUAUACCACGUCAAGUGAAAAGUGCCAAAUCUAUAAACUAAGUCAUGGUCAGAAGAGAAGUCAAGAUUAUACCUUCUACUGAACAUAUAUUUUGUAAAAGGACAUGUUUUCUUCUAGUGUAUGUAAAGGAAAACCUAUUUAUGCCAAUGGAAGUCAAGUAAAUAGAUGUGGGGUUUUAUCCAAGUAUUUAAGUACAAAAUUAAAUCACC